GUAGGACAUCCGUACCUUGAAAAAGGUAGGCCACACCGCGAAGAUCACACGGCAAUAAAAUCAGGCUGGUCUGAUGAACAGGUGGGCCACACCGUUGGCAUUAAUGGACAGCCGACGGUCUGACUCAACAUACAGCUGUGGCCCACUUAGUGAGUGGAUCAGCCUGGUUUUCGAGAUGGGAGAUCUUCAUGGUGGGGCCUACCUUUUUCAUGGUACGGAUGUGCCACACACGUGGCAUGUUGGCAGGAAAGAUCGGACUACUGUAGGCAGAAAUCAGUGGAUUUGAUCUGGGUUUCGAAGAAUAGAUAAUACUUGCAAUUGGGUUGUUGUCUACAUCCUCUGAAAGCCCUGUUUUCAGUAGUAGAGAAAGGGAAUUUAGGAAUGGGGAGCAUUAAGGAGGAGAAGUUCCGGUUUUGUAUCGAUAGAGGGGGCACAUUUACUGACAUUUAUGCUGAAAUUCCGGGGAGAUCGGAUUGCCAAGUGAUGAAACUGCUAUCUGUGGAUCCAUCAAAUUAUGAUGAUGCUCCGAUUGAAGGGAUCCGUAGAAUUCUUGAAGAAUCUACAGGUGACAAGAUCCCCCGGUCUUCGAAAAUCCCCACAGAGAAGAUAGAGUGGAUACGGAUGGGCACAACGGUAGCAACAAAUGCUUUGUUGGAGAGGAAGGGUGAGAGAAUUGCAUUGUGCGUCACUCAGGGAUUCCGGGAUUUGCUACAGAUAGGCAACCAGGCCCGCCCGAACAUCUUUGAUCUCACUGUGGCGAAGUCUUCAAAUCUCUAUGAGGAAGUUAUAGAGGCUGAUGAGAGGGUUGAGCUGGUUAUUGACAAGGAGGAGGAAAAACAGAAUAGCUCUUCUUUGGUUAAAGGGAUAUCAGGUGAGCUUAUCAAGGUGGUAAAGCCACUCAACAAAGAAGCAUUGAAACCUCUAUUGGAAGGUCUAUUGCAGAAAGGAAUAAGCUGUUUGGCUGUUGUAUUAUUGCAUUCUUACACUUACCCAGACCAUGAAAUCGCAGUGGAACAAUUAGCUUUGAAUUUGGGUUUUCAGCAUGUUUCGUUGUCUUCUGCUUUGACCCCUAUGGUUCGAGCCGUGCCUCGUGGUUUGACGGCCAGCGUUGAUGCAUAUCUGACUCCAGUUAUUAAAGAGUACUUAUCUGGGUUCAUUUCAAGAUUUGAUGAGGGGUUGGAAAAGGUGAAUGUUUUGUUUAUGCAGUCUGACGGAGGGCUUGCACCGGAAAGCAGAUUUUCUGGCCACAAAGCUGUUCUGUCAGGCCCUGCAGGAGGGGUUGUGGGUUAUUCGCAGACCCUUUUUGGGCUUGAAACAACAAAGCCCCUCAUUGGGUUUGAUAUGGGUGGGACAUCAACCGACGUGAGCCGCUACGCUGGAAAUUAUGAGCAAGUGCUGGAGACACAAAUUGCAGGGGCUAUAAUUCAAGCACCCCAGCUUGACAUAAACACCGUUGCUGCUGGUGGUGGGUCUAAGCUCAAGUUUCAAUUCGGAUCUUUUCGGGUGGGGCCUGAAUCAGUGGGCGCUCACCCGGGUCCUGUUUGUUACCGAAAAGGUGGGGAAUUGGCUGUUACCGAUGCUAAUCUGAUUUUAGGAACUGUUAUUCCUGACUAUUUCCCAUUCAUCUUUGGCCCAAACGAGGAUCAGCCAUUAGAUAUUAAAGCUACCAGAGCUGAAUUUGAGAAGCUCGCGGCCAGGAUUAAUUCUUACAGGAAGAGUCAGGAUCUAUCGUCAAAGGAUAUGACAGUAGAGGAGAUUGCACUCGGAUUCAUAAAUGUGGCAAACGAAACCAUGUGCCGGCCUAUACGGCAAUUAACUGAGAUGAAGGGCCACGAGACAAGAAACCAUGCACUCGCUUGCUUUGGAGGCGCGGGCCCGCAGCACGCCUGUUCUAUUGCUAGAUCAUUGGGUAUGUCUGAAGUUCUCAUUCACCGGUUCUGUGGUAUUUUAAGUGCUUACGGCAUGGGAUUAGCAGAUGUUAUUGAAGAGGCGCAGGAGCCAUAUUCUGCUGUUUAUGGGCCUGAUUCUAUUCUAGAGGCCUUUUGUAGAGAAGCUAUUUUGUUGAAGCAAGUAAAGGAGAAGCUGAAAGAUCAAGGUUUUGAAGACGGAUGUGUCAUGACGGAAUCGUAUUUGAACUUGAGAUAUGAGGGCACGGAUACGGCCAUCAUGGUGAGAAGGCAAAACGAGGGAGACAAAAAUGACUAUGCAGGCGAAUUUGUGAAGCUAUUCCAGCAAGAGUACGGAUUUAAACUACAAAACCGAAAUAUCCGUAUCUGUGACGUUAGAGUCAGGGGCAUCGGAGUUACCAAUAUCUUGAAACCUCAAGAAUUGGAACUGACUUCGAGAGUCCCAGAUAUAGAAGGGAAGUACAAUAUCUAUUUCGGAAAUGGAUGGCAUGAGACACCAUUAUUCAAGCUCGAGAAGCUGGGUUAUGGGCAUGUCUUGCAGGGGCCAGUGAUAAUCAUGAAUGGUAAUAGUACAGUGAUUGUAGAACCAGAUUGUAAAGCAAUUAUUACCAAGUAUGGUAAUAUAAAAAUCGAGAUUCAGUCGGCUCCGAGCACGGUAAAAAUAGCAGAAAAGGUUGCAGAUGUGGUGCAACUUUCGAUCUUCAACCACAGGUUUAUGGGCAUUGCUGAACAAAUGGGCCGCACCCUCCAGAGAACCUCUAUCUCGACGAACAUCAAGGAGCGCCUAGAUUUCUCUUGCGCACUGUUCGGUCCAGAUGGAGGACUGGUCGCGAAUGCUCCUCAUGUGCCGGUGCAUUUGGGUGCCAUGUCGAGCACUGUUUGUUGGCAACUUGAAUACUGGGGUGACAAUCUCAAUGAAGGAGAUGUUUUGGUCACUAACCAUCCAUGUUCGGGAGGAAGCCAUCUUCCUGAUAUUACUGUUAUAACCCCUGUUUUCGACAAUGGAAAGUUGGUAUUUUUCGUGGCAAGUAGAGGACACCAUGCGGAAAUUGGUGGCAUAACUCCUGGAAGCAUGCCGCCCUUCUCGAAGUCUAUAUGGGAAGAAGGAGCGGCCAUCAAAGCAUUUAAGCUUGUAGAGAAGGGAGUUUUCAAAGAAGAAGGAAUCAUCAAGCUACUUCAAUCUCCUCAGUCCGAUGAAUUUUCAGCCCGUAAGAUCCCCGGAACCCGUCGGCUUCAAGACAACCUAUCUGAUCUCCGGGCUCAAGUUGCUGCGAAUCAAAGAGGGAUAUCCCUCAUUAAAGAGCUUAUCGAACAGUAUGGAUUGGAUACUGUCCAAUCCUACAUGACCCAUGUGCAGACGAAUGCGGAAGAAGCUGUGAGAGAGAUGCUCAAGUCUGUCUCCACCAGAGCUGCAGGCCGUGCACCCAACUCAGAAAAUCAAGAGACGAAUGCAGAUUCGACCAUUGUUGUUGAAGAGGAAGAUUACAUGGAUGAUGGUUCAAUUAUUCAUCUAAAGCUUACAAUCGAUGCCAAGAAGGGUGAAGCUACAUUCGAUUUUGAUGGGACCAGCCCAGAGGUGUAUGGGAAUUGGAAUGCCCCUGAAGCUGUAACGGCUGCGGCAGUCAUAUAUUGCCUGCGGUGUUUGGUGGACAUUGAUAUUCCGCUAAAUCAAGGUUGUCUGGCCCCUGUGAAAAUCCGCAUCCCCCCAGGCUCAUUCCUCUCUCCAAGCGAUAAGGCCGCUGUUGUGGGAGGCAAUGUGCUUACUUCUCAAAGGAUAACAGAUGUUGUCUUGACAGCAUUCCAGGCUUGCGCUUGUUCUCAAGGUUGCAUGAAUAAUCUCACUUUUGGGGACGACACUUUUGGUUACUACGAAACAAUUGGAGGCGGGAGUGGGGCCGGGCCGAGCUGGGAUGGGACCAGUGGGGUCCAGUGCCAUAUGACCAAUACCCGGAUGACCGAUCCGGAGAUCUUCGAGCAGAGGUAUCCAGUUAUAUUGCACAAGUUUGGGCUGCGAGAGAAGAGUGGAGGCGAUGGUUUACAUAGAGGGGGAAAUGGCCUUGUGAGGGAGAUUGAAUUCCGGCGGCCCAUUGUGGUUAGUGUGCUUUCGGAGAGGCGGGUACAUGCGCCGAGAGGGUUGAAUGGAGGGGGAGAUGGGGCCCACGGGGCUAAUUACCUGAUCAAGAAAGAUAAGCGGAAGGUUUAUCUUGGAGGGAAGAACACGGUGGAGGUGCAAGCGGGUGAAAUUCUCCAGAUUUUGACACCUGGCGGUGGUGGGUGGGGCUCCCAACUUUGAUUUCCAAAUGGGAGAUACUUCAUAUGCAAGAAGGUGCCAAGUCAGCUGGUGUGCUACGGGAUGCAUCAAUGCUAGGUGAGUAUCUACUUGCAUUCCGCUUUUAAUUUUUAGAAUUAAGGAAUGUUUGUGCUACCUUCAAACGAUGUUAGCAACGUCUCCAAAUCUUUUAAGUGACACGCCAAAUGACCAACCAUCAAUUUGGAUCAUUAUGAUGGUGAAAAAUCAUGCUGAUCUGAUGAUCAUAACCAUUCAUAUCAAUAAUAUGAGAAAUGGACAGUCAAGAUCAUUUUGAGAAACAAAAUAGUUCCAAUAAUUAUUUUAAAACCAUCUUUUUGAUAGGUCCUGCUGCGGAUUAAGCACAUUGGUUUGGUGUUGCUAAACAUCUGAUCCGUGGCUUCUAAAAAAACGAAUGGUUGUAAAAAAAUGUCCACAUUGAAAGGAUUAGGCUCAUCUGAUUUGCCUGAUUUUUUUCCCUAUUGCUUCCCCUAAUUAUAUGAAUGAAUGAAUGAAUAAUCCAAAUCGAUGAAUGGCUGUGCCAUGUGUCACUUAAAAGUUUUACGAACGUUGUAAAGGACCCCAUAAAAGUGUCCAUGUCACCUUUAGAAUUUUACAGUGGAUAUGAAAUAUUUGGAGGAUUCUAAAAUCUAAUUCCUAGUUGUUGAAUAUGAAAUGCUGAUAAUUUUGAUGA